AUGAUACUCCCACUACUGAAUGCCGCAGAUGCUGAACAGCAUCUGGACCCAAUACAAGUUACAACAGCAACCAUUAAAGAUAUUGGAUUGAUAAAGAGACAGAUACCUGGAUCUCUACCAACUGCAAUCAACUUUGCGCUGCCAUCCUCACAACCGUCUGCUAUAAGUAGUCCAGUCAACACAAAGAACAGUGCUGUAGAUGAUGUCUUAAUAUGGGGCACCUUUGUAUUGAUAGCAUUCUUCAUCCCACUAUGCAUGCUAAGAUACAGACGGAAGAUAGAAGCAUGCUUGGAACGCUGGAAGCGUAAAGGAAGCAAGGAUCUGCCACCAAUAAUAUUGACCAGCAUCCCAGAUUCCGAGUUGACUCUGCAACAGCAACAGAGUAUAGAAAUGGACGAAACCCACUUGGAACAUGUAGUAGAUCACGAAGAUGAAGACCAGCCACUCCCGAUAUACACAAAAGAAUGGGACGGAGAAGUGGGUGAUUUAUCAGUCUUAAAUCUUGUGGGUGUGGAAGUCGAUGGCGUUCAACUAGGGAUUAUAUCUGAUGGCAUGCCGACAUCACCUACAUCGCCUGUUGAGUCUCUCGGUAGUAACAUUACAUCGUCGUCACCGCCACAAUCGCCUGAUCGUGAGAGAACUAGGUAUAUAAUGACGUUGCCGAGCUAUGAGGAUUUGCUGUCUACAUCGUCAAUCACUAUUCCGAGGCAUUUGAUCAAGGAGGAUGAUCCGGUAUCGCCAACUGAAGACGACGACGAGGAGGAGGAUGAAUAUGAACAGGAUGAGGACGAACAGGAGGAUGACGAGGACGAAGACGAAGAAGAACACUCACUACCAGAAGGCAACGAAGCGGACGAAUCCACAUCCCUCCAAUCAUCAACAGAGUCUUCCCAAGACACCAUAGUAGACACCGCCAUCUCCGAAGAUUACUAUAAUCGCCCACUCCCCCAAGAGCCAGACUCUCCCCCCGUAACAAUACCGCGACGUACAGCCAGUCUCCGGAAUAGUGCGCUACGGAAUAGUCUGCUGAGACGGUGGCAGGAUACAGAUUCUCGUCAUUCGAGUGUCGAGACCGACACUGUGUCGAAUAACUUUAGCUGGAGAGCUGGCGAUGAUGAUCAUUUGGAUGUGGACGAGGAUAUAAGGAUACGGCCGUCGGAGAUUUUGACUGUACAGAGCCUGAAUAGGAAUAUAGCGAGGGGGAGGUCGGAGAGGUUUAUACAGCAUUCGACUGAUUUGGAUCGUGUCAUGACAGGAUGGUAG